UUGUCAGAUCCCAACUUCUUAGGAAAAAAAUUCCUAUAUAUUCUAUAACAACUUCCUUCUUUGAUCUAAUCCAGACCCACUUCCCAAAAUGCAGAUUCUUUCCUGGGUUUUCAACAUUUUUUUCAUAUUUUCCAUUUUCAACGUCUUCCCAACAUCACUUUCCCUUGCUCCAGUAUGCUCCGAUUCAGAUAGGGCGGCUCUUCUAGGGUUCAAAGCCACAAUCAUCAAGGACACUACUGAGAUUCUUUCUUCUUGGACCGGGAGAGACUGCUGUGGAGGAGAUUGGGAGGGCGUUCAAUGCGAUCCUUCUACAGGAAGGGUAACUGGAUUAGUUUUGCAGGGUCUCGAGAGGGACAUUGACCGUUAUAUGAGGGGCAUUUUGUCACCCUCUUUGGCUACUCUGUCUUUCUUAGAAGUGAUGGUGAUUAGCGGUAUGAAGCAUAUUACAGGUCCUAUUCCUGAUAGCUUCUCCACUUUGACACGCCUCACUCAAUUGAUUUUGGAAGACAAUUCUCUUCAAGGUAAUAUUCCUCCUGGUUUAGGGCAUUUGUCCAAUCUCAAAACUCUCUCCCUCAAUGGGAACCGUCUCACUGGGCUGAUUCCUCCAAGCCUUGGAAAUUUGAGAAAGCUUCAAACUUUAAGUGUUGCCAGAAAUUCUUUAACAGGUUCAAUCCCAAUCACUUUGAAAAGUCUCCUCUCUUUGCAAACUUUUGACCUUGGUUUCAAUUCUUUGUCUGGGGCAAUUCCAGAUAUUAUGGGGCAGUUUCAAAACCUCACCCUCUUAGAGCUAUCCAAUAACCAAUUAUCAGGGCAGCUACCCACUUCUUUAUUCAACUUGCCCAAACUUCAAGACUUGGCCUUGGACCACAACCAGCUCAUUGGAAAAAUCCCAAACCAAAUUGGUAGCCUGAAAUCCCUUACUCAUCUUACAUUGAGCUCUAACAGGUUUACAGGUCAAGUCCCUGAAUCCAUAGCAAGGUUACAGAACCUUUGGUACCUCAACUUAUCCAGAAAUGCAUUCUCAGACCCUUUACCAAUGAUCCAAAGUAGGGGCCUUCCUUCUCUAUUGUCUGUGGACCUGUCUUAUAAUAAUCUCAGUCUAGGGACAAUUCCUAAUUGGAUAUUUGAAAAAGAGCUUUCUGAUGUCCAUUUAGCUGCAUGUAAACUUAGAGGUAACCUUCCAAAGUUUACCAGACCUGCUUCUUUGAACUCAAUAGACCUGUCCAAUAACUUUCUCUCAGGUGGCAUUUCUGGCUUCUUCACCAACAUGUCCAGUUUGCAAAGGCUCAAGCUUUCAAAUAAUCAAUUGAAGUUUGAUAUUUUAGAGAUUGAACUGCCAGAAGGGAUUUCCUCUGUUCAGCUCCAAUCCAAUCAGCUUACAGGUUCUCUAUCAAGCAUCUUGAACAACAGAACCAGCAGCUUUUUGGAGGUGUUAGACGUAUCAGGCAAUCAAAUUUCUGGUAGAAUUCCAGAAUUUACUGAAGGAUUGAGCUUGAAGGUCCUCAACAUAGGAAGCAACAAGAUCACAGGCAGCAUCCCCAAUUCUAUCUCAAACUUGAUAGAACUAGAAAGGCUAGAUAUCUCCAGGAACCAAAUAAUAGGCACCAUUCCAACAGGCCUGGGGCUCAUAUCGAAUCUUCAAUGGCUUGACCUGUCUAUCAAUAGGCUCACAGGGUCAAUCCCAACGAGCUUGUUGCAACUUAGUAAUAUAAGACAUGCAAAUUUCAGAGCUAAUAGACUAUGUGGAGAGAUCCCGCAAGGGAAACCAUAUAAUAUCUUUCCUGCAAGUGCUUAUGCUCACAAUCAAUGCCUAUGUGGCAAACCCCUGCCACAAUGUAGAGGGAAAAAAUAAGGAAAAGAAAUGAGUGGGCCAGUGAGAUGCUGACUCAAAUUGCCUACAGAUGAUGCAAGCUCAUAACAAAUGAGCAUUGCCAGAUGGAAUGGAGCCAAGCAAUAUUUUAUGCUUUCUGCAACAAUUCUUAAGUACAAUACUUUUCUUUUUAUCUGCUUAAAAUUUCUGUAGUCAUUUUCAAUAAUACAUUUGAUUAUUGAAGAAAUUAACACAACUUUAAAUUUAAUAGAGCUCCAUCUUUCUAUAAA